AGCACGUGUAGAAAAUAGUAUGGUAGUGUAACUGGAACACAAUGAAGUCAAAGAAAGAUAAAAAAGCUCAAGAUCCAACUUUAGCCAAAAAACGACAGGAAAAACAAAUAAAAACCUUGUUAAAUCCCAAGAGUGCUAGAUUGAUUGUUAGAAACUUACCCUUUAAGUGUGAAGAAGAAAGUCUGCAAAACGUCUUUUCACCAUAUGGAGAAAUUACUGACAUCACAUUACCCAAAAAAGAAGAUGGAAAAUCGAAAGGAUUCGGUUUUGUUCAAUUUUCUGACUUAAAAGAAGCUGCUGAAGCUAUAAAAGCUUUGAACGGACAAGAACUAAACGGCAGACCCAUUGCUGUAGAUUUCUCUCUAUCUAAAAGUCGUUUCGAAAAAUUAAAUAAGAGACAACCAGUUGGUAAUUUAACAGAUGAACCUGAGAAAGAGGAAGAGAUUAGGGAGGAGGAAAAUAAAGAUGAUAACGAUGAUUAUAUAAGCAAAGAUGAUGUUGAUAAUGAAGAUAUAAGUGAAGAGGAUGAUGAUGAUGAAGAUGCUGAUGAUUCCGAAAGUACGGAUAAGGACGAUGAUGAAAGUGAUGUUGAUGAAGAGAGUGAUAAAGAGGACGACGAUUCAGAUGAUAAAACCCAUGCUAAUAUGUCGGAUAAAAAAAAUGAUGACGCAAAAGAUGGUAAAACAGUUUUUGUUCGUAAUAUGUCACUGGACUCUGAUGAAGCAGAAUUGAAGGAACUCUUUACACAUUUUGGUACAGUCGAAUAUUGUCGAAUUGUAGUCGAUAAAGCCACACAGCACAGCAGAGGAAUGGCAUUCAUUAAAUUUAAAGAUAAAUUAUCAGCUGAUGAGUGUGUUCGAAUUGCGAAUGAUAAAUCAGAUCAAGGAGGUAUAUUCCUCGAUGACAAAGAACUAUCUGUAAUCGUAGCACUUACAAGAAAUGAUACGGAGAAGCUUAAGUCGGACAUGCAAAAAAAAAAUGCAAAGGUUGAUAAAAGAAAUUUAUGGCUUGCUAGAGAAGGUCUCAUUAGAGCUGGUACGAAAGAUGCUGAGGGUAUUACACCAGCCGAUUUACAGAAGAGAGCCAGAAUAGAACAGAUAAAAAGAGUAAAACUGAAAGAUCCCAAUGUAUUCGUGUCAACAACUCGUUUAUGUAUCCAUAAUAUACCUGUCCCCGUGACUGAUAAGAAGCUUAAAACAAUUGUUCUAAAAGCAAUUGAUGAGAAAAAAGCUCGAAUUAAUGAAUGCCGUAUAAUGAGAGAUCUUAAUAAAUUGAAUAGUAAGGGAAUUGGGCGCUCUCGUGGUUACGCUUUUGUAAAUUUUAUAGAGCACGAGCAUGCCUUAUUAGCUUUGAGAACCCUAAAUAACAAUCCAGAUAUAUUUGGUGAUUCCAAGCGUCCGAUCGUUGAAUUCUCAUUGGAAAAUAAAGCAAAACUACAAGCCCGGGAAGAGAGACAGCAAAGAGCACUGGCCAAACAGACUGAAAAGCAAACAAAAAAGAAAACGAAAAACUUUAAAACAGAUACAUCAAAGACGCCUGUUGAAAAGCAAAAAGUUAAGGGACUAGUGUUACCUAAACGUUCAGGAGCUAAAGUUAGGCAUAAGCCCAGACAAACUGAGACCACUAAGGGAAAAAAGACUAAGAAAGAGAAAAGAAAAAGAGCUUUUGCUGAGGAUGCUCAAUUGGUAAGGCUUCUCACUCAUUUAAAACAAAUUAUUGUCAAAUUUAAUAAUCAAACAAACUGCUAUUUUUCAGUUGGGGACCGUAAAUAAUGCGAAGAGGAAAAGGCAGUACUAUGAGAGUGACAAAUUUGAUAAACUCGUAAAUAAUUAUAAGCAAAGCAUUAAAAGCAAAAGUUCUAAAUGGUUUGAUAAAUCAUAAUGAUUCUUUUUUUAAAUAAACUAUUUAAACCGUUUGAUAAUAGGCUAAAGAUACUUUUUUAUGAAUUAUAAAUAAUUUCCCAUACGCUUAUAACUUUGGUUUAACGAAAGCGAAAUAAAAAUCAAUAUGCUGUAUAAACUCUUUCACUUCUCCGCCCCUUCUCUAAUUCGCUCUAUAUGUUGCCUAAUGUUAUUAUACUAGAUGUAAGCUAUGCUAUUUUUUUUCGUGAUCGUUAUUAAAACCGCUUAGUUUUUUAAAAUAAUAUGCAAUCUGAUAGUUUGAGAUUGUUAGUUUGUACCUUAUGCUAAAUUGGCCUUUUUCUACUUUUACAUAUCAUCUUUCAUUGAAAUUAAUCAAUUUGUACAGGCUGUGUGUGCUUUACGUAUGGUAACAAUCGACCAUUUGUAAAGAUGAAUAACUAACUCGAG